AUGGAGCCCUUGGAGGACCGGCUGCGGCGGCUGCGGGAGGCCUUCGGCACGGGGCGCACGCGGCCGGCCGAGUUCCGGGCUGCGCAGCUCCGGGGCCUGAGCCGCUUCCUGCAGGAGAACAGGGAGCUCCUGCAGGCCGCACUGGCCCAGGACCUGCACAAGCUCACAAAGCUGGGCUCCGCCUUCAUCCGGAAGGAGCCCUACGGCCUGGUGCUGAUCAUCGCCCCCUGGAACUACCCGGUGAACCUGACGCUGAUACCCCUGGUGGGGGCCAUCGCCGCAGGGAACUGUGUGGUGCUGAAGCCCUCGGAGGUGAGCAGCAGCACAGAGAAGGUGCUGGCCGAGGUGCUGCCCCGGUACCUGGACCAGAGCUGCUUCGCCGUGGUGCUGGGGGGCCCUGAGGAGACCGGGCAGCUGCUGGAGCACAGAUUCGACUACAUCCUCUUCACGGGGAGCCCCCAUGUGGGCAAGAUCGUCAUGGCGGCCGCCGCCAAGCACCUGACGCCCGUCACCCUGGAGCUGGGCGGCAAGAACCCCUGCUACGUGGAUGACAACUGCGACCCGCAGACCGUGGCCAACCGCGUGGCCUGGUUCCGCUACUUCAACGCCGGCCAGACCUGCAUGGCCCCCGACUACGUGCUGUGCAGCCCCGAGACGCGGGAGCGCCUGCUGCCCGCCCUGCAGAGCACCAUCACCCGUUUCUAUGGCGACGACCCCCAGAGCUCCCCCAACCUGGGCCGCAUCAUCAACCAGAAGCAUUUCCGGCGGCUCCAGGCCCUGCUGGGCUGUGGCCGCGUGGCCAUCGGCGGCCAGAGUGACGAGAGCCAGCGCUACAUCGCACCCACGGUGCUGGUGGACGUGCAGGAGGCGGAGCCAGUCAUGCAGGAGGAGAUCUUCGGGCCCAUCCUGCCCAUCGUGACGGUGAGCGGCCUGGACGAGGCCAUCGCCUUCAUCAACCGCCGGGAGAAGCCCCUGGCCCUGUACGCCUUCUCCAACAACAGACAGGUGGUGAGCCAGGUGCUGGACAGGACCAGUAGUGGCAGCUUCGGAGGCAACGAGGGCUUUAUCUACCUAACCCUGCCGGCCCUGCCCCUUGGGGGCGUCGGCCACAGCGGGAUGGGCAGCUACCACGGCAAGUUCUCCUUCGACACCUUCUCCCACCACCGCGCCUGCCUGCUCAGCCCCUCGGGCAUGGAGAAGCUCAAUGAGAUCCGCUACCCGCCCUACAGCGACUUUGCCCAGCAGCUGAUAAGCUGGGCCAUGGGGUCCCAGAGCUGCACCCUCCUAUGA